UUCAUAUUGUAGAAGUUCUCCUUCUCUAAUUCCAUGCUCGUUAAUAUGCGCAUGCUAGGAUUUGGCACGAGUGUCAAAAAUUUCUGUUCGGAGAGCAGACGAUACACGAAUUGAGGCAGUAAUUCGUUUCUGAAACACUAAAAAGGCUUCGCAUAUUUGAUGUUUCGUCUACUUGUUCCCAAUGUCCUGUUUCUCGUAAUUAUGUUAAUGCCUUGGUUCCCAUUUUUUUCCAGGAUGUUGUAAAAUUUGCUUUUUAUUUGCUUCUUCGGGACAACCAAGUCGUGUCUUUUGCUCUUCUUGAUGAUGGCUGUUUGCGAUCUAAAAAUUAUGAAUCUUCAUGGAUUUAUCGGUUUUGGAUAUUUUAUGCUGUGCCAGCUGCGUGUAGAAAAAUGAUCGAUGGUAGAGAUAGACUUAGAUGACAGAAAGAGGCCAGCACAGAAGGACCACCCAGAACAAACUAUGUCGUUUUUAUUCUCCGUCCGCGCAAGUGGACGCAAUGUGAAGCUUACGCUUCCGAGUGCAGAUCCACUUUUAAGUGUAGUUUCCACAUUAUAUUCCCCACUACCAUCGUCGUCGUCCUUGACUUGUUUUCCAGUAGGAAAGAAGUCAAGUAGGACGUGGUGAGGAAUGUAAAAAUGUCGCAACCUCUAACACUUGUUGUGGAGAUUCUAGCCGCAGUUGAGGAGUCGGUUGGCAUACCUGCGGCAAAUCAGGUUUGGCGAGGUGGGUUUCCUCCUAAGAAGAUCGACCUUCCAGACUCGCAAGUAGGUGUCGCAGCCCUAACGUUAAGAGUGCUGUGGGAGCAGACAAAUCCAUCUUCCUUGAGAACGAAGAUCAUAUGGGAAAAAUGUCGUUCCGAAGUAAGAAGGCAAAGAGGGAACGACAUUUCCCUAUCGACAUUCUCAAUCAUGAGUGAAAGCAUUCGCUCAGCAUCUUGGUCCCAUUGUUAGAGGAAAAAGGAGACCCAAGAGGCUGCUGAAGAUGAAUUUCUCUUAGUUCUAAUAACAGCAAAAGAAGCCGGAAUCCAGAGCAGAGAUCUGAUUACGGUCGAAGAAAGCCCCACGCCUGUGCGAGAGAUAGAUGUAAGUGGCUACAAGGGGCUGAGCGAGAAUGCUGCAAGAAGCACUGGAGCAUCUUCAGUAGCGGCCUCAUCUGCAAUGCCAACAGGUUCUUCUGCCACCACUGGAGCAUCUUCCGUAGCGGCCUCAUCUGCAGCGCCAACAGGAGGUAAACAACAGCAACAAGAAGAAGCGUCCUCAACAUCUGCCGCAACUACGCAUGGCAAAAGCACAACGACUUAUCGUUACAAAGUUCCUUCGGCUAAUGAUGUAGCAGGAUCUAGCGGGAGUUUUGCGGAGCGCCAUGUAUUAUGUGUGUAGGGAAUUCUUUCAUCUCCAAAGUCUGAAUGGUUCCGGUAUUAUUUGGUAACCUGAAUUUGAUCAUAAGGGAAAACAAGAAGAGAACCAUUAGGAUCAAACUCAGGUUACUAAAUACCAGAACCAUACAAAGUCAGCUGGAAGAAGAAAACAAAGAACAAAAAGAGAGCCAGACGAUUCCUGAGAUGGAUUGCCUAUAGACCUCUAAAUGUAAUCGCGGCAGACAAUAGUUGUCUCUUCAACGCCAUCCUGUUCGACACCAAAGGCAUUGCGUCUGCGCCAUCUGCAGGCGCAUUGAACGCGGAAACUUUGCGGAAAUUCUGUGCGGACACAGUUCGGGGUGAUCCAUGCUUAUGAAUGAAGGUGAUCACUGCAUGUGUUGACAGAUUUUACCGGACUCGUUUUUGUUCAUUGCUGAUGCUGUUCCAAAGCCUACCUCUACUGGCACUGCGUUUUGGAUGAGCUAUUCUUGCCCAAGCUGCCCAACCUCCUAAUUUUACGGCUCCUUCAGUGCCCUGUGCUCGCCGGCAGACGCGCGAGCGCAUACCGCACUGCCGUCCGUGUGUCCUAGUGAGCGCGUGACUUCGCUAGUACUUACUUGCGACGCUGGAACGAGCCAAAUAGUACCGGAUACACGCCCACGCCCAGCAGUGAUACUGUUGCAGCCGCAUUGAUAUUUUUUAUCAAGAACCUAGUCCUAGACCUAGAAGUACACGCACCCUCACUACUAGUCCUAGACCUCGAAGUACACACACCCUCAUUACCAUUGCCAACGUGAUCAAGAUUAUACAACCCGUGCUACUUUCAUUACAUACCUACGACCCGUUGACACUCGCAGAGUCCGGACGAACUAGCUUAGAGUAUGCAGAUUGGAUUACGAAGAAGGAUUCCUGGGGAGGCUUUAUGGAGCUUAGCAUCUUGAGUACCGCCUUCGGUAUCCAAAUUGUCGCCGUCGACGUCAUCUCCACGCGCAUGGAGUACUUCCCGCAUGACAGCGGGAGUUUGAGCCAUCGCAUCUUCGUCUUCUUCGAUGGCAUACACUACGACGCAUGUCGCAAAGGAGGCAUGUCCGUGUUCUCGGUGAACGAUGAGGCGGUGCUGAAUGAGGUGAUGGCUGUGGCAAUUGAAUUGAAGGAGAAUAAGCAGUUUACGGAUACAGCGAAUUUUACACUACAAUGCCAACACUGUUUCAAAUUGCUGAAAGGCGAGAAGGACGCGCAGCAGCACGCGAAAGAAACAGGUCACUUCAACUUUCAGGAAGCGCCGAGGUGAGAACGAGGAGAUCGCGCAGAAGAUGCAACUUUUUUCUUUCAUUUUUUGGGUAUUCACCUGUGAAAUGAAGAACUACUACUUCAUCUACGCUGUCAAAGUCUUCGUCUUCUCCAGACGCAUAAAAGAUGAAUCGUCCUCUCUGUGAAUUGAAUCAAUUCCUCGCCAAAUGUAAAUGUUGCAUGCUGCAUCAACACGUUGACGAGCCUCAAUUUUUUGAAUUCCAAUCAAGAAUCUUCUACAUCCUCUUCCUGUGCGCAGUGGCUGUAAUCGCCUGGGAAGCGUUCCAAACGACACGACA